GCUGGAGUAGUGCAUCAACGCGUCUUCUCUCUUUCAGCCGAUCAAUUAAUAAAGGGAAUGACGACGUUUUGGGAUCGGGCACACCAUCGUCAUGGUGCGCCGAUCCCAAGAUAUAAAAUGCCUGAAGAUAAUAUUCUUGCCGUGAAUCCUGUGAAGGUUUGCUGGGUAGAGUAUGAAGGUGGAUUUAGCUCGAAUCGAGCUCGGCUCGAGUUCGAGCCCGAAUUAUUUAACUCGUCCAAGUUGGAGAUCGAACUCGAGUUCGUGAAUUCUUAUCAAGCUCCAGCUCAAGCUCAAGCAUACUCAUAUUCGAGCUUGGCUCAGCUCGUUUGCGGUCUUUGCACCCCUAGUCCUCGCCUAGCUCCGCCCUAGUUGCAGCACCGGAUUCUGAAUCUUCUUGAUGACCAAACCUGCAGCCGCCGCCGCCGGCGGUCAUGCAUUCUUUCUUCGAUGGGUGAGAAUCUUUUUCUCCUUCUUCAAUUUUAUAUUCAGGGGAUUUCCUUUUCUUGCCGCCUAUCAUGGCUGUCGCGCGGCCGACGUUCUCCUUUCCGGCGUCGAAUAUGGCUUUGGCGGCGGUGGGGUCGGGAGGCCAAGUCUCCGUCUUGCCGUCGGGGCCCACAAUGACGAUGGCGAGUUUGAUGUCGCAGAGCGUUUCCAGCUCUCUGGUUUUCUUGAUGAUGGAAGCCGCUCUCCUCUGGUAACACAUCUUCCUGAGCCUGUUCGCCAUUCUUUCUCUCAGACAGUUUAGAGUUCUGAAUUCUUUCUCUCGUGUAGCGCCUUUUAUUAUUUUGAAAGUUAGGGAAAUCACAGUCGGUAAUUGACUGGAGCCCAAGCUUCAAU